AUGGCGGCACAGCAGCUGGAGGAGCAGCAGGAGGGGCUGUACUGCAGCACCGCCGGAACGUACUUCCAGAGCAAGCAGGACCUGGAGGAUCACUACCGCUCCGACUUCCACAGGUACAACCUGAAGCGCAAGAUUGCGGGGCUGCCGCCGGUGACGCGGGACUGGUACGAGGUGCGCAAGGCGCAGCUGCUGGCCUCCUCGCCCGGCCCCGUGCACCGCGUCUGGUUCGACCCGCUGACCAGGCGCAAGUUCUACAGCGAGAACACGUACCUGGCCUUUGCGCGCUCCAAAAAAUAUCAAGACCUGGUGAAGAAGAGCGGCGAGGCGGCGCCGGCGCCCAUUGUGACCCUGCGCAAGAUUGAGGGUGGCGGCGCCGCGGCGGCAGCAGCGGGCGGCGCGCCAGCCCCGCAGCAGCAGCAGCAGCAGCAGAAGGGCGCCGGCUUCACGAUCAAGCCAGCGGUGAAGACGGCUGCUCCGGCGCUGGCAGCAGCAGCGGCGGCGGCGGCGGCGCAGGCGGAGGGCGGCGGCGGCGAGGCGGCUGCGGAGGAGGAGGCUGAUGAGGGGUCAGACUGGGAGACGGCGAGCGAGGAGGAGAUGGAGACGGAUCAGAAGUGGGAGGAGUGGGAUGUGCGGCGCAGCCUGUUUGACGGCCACCUCAGCGCCAGCAUGGAGGCCAAUCUGGAGCACAUGUUCAAGUCCUUCGGCUUCUACUUCCCAGACUCGCAGCGCCUGACCGACCCGGAGGGGCUGCUCAAGUACCUGGGGGCCAAGCUGCAGUACGGCCACGUACCGCUGUACGAGUCGGGCGACAACCCCAGCGCCAAGCAGUUCCAGUCGCUGCACGCGGUGCAGCGCCACAUGGUGGACACCAACCAGUGCAAGAUGGCGUGGGAGGGCAACGAGGAGGAGUAUGAGGAGUACUACGACUACGGGGCAGAUGGGGAGGAUGGGGAGGAGGAUGCAGACAUGGCCCAGGCGGGCGCGCUGGUGGUGUCGGCCGCCGAGGCGGGCCCGUCUGCCGCCUAUGAGCUGGUGCUUGCGGGCGACGGCUCCAGCGGCGGCGGCGGCGCCGGCGGCGGCAAGAUCAUCGGCAGCCGGGAGUUUGCGCGCUACUACCGCCAGCGGCCGCGGCUGGGCGACUCGCGGGCCUCGGUGCAGGCGGCCAUGGUGCAGGCGCAGUACCGUCGCCUGGCAGUACCGCUACUGGAGCACGGGCCAUCUGAGAUGCUCGUGCAGAAGAAGAUGGAGAAGCAGGCGCAGCACAAGGCGGAGCGGCUGCGCAGCAAGAUGGACCUGUCGUACGACAAGAUACACAACCUGCCCAAAAACGUCCCGUAUUGA